AACACAUUAUUAAUAGAUAACAAAAAGCAUCAGGUUUAAAAUUCAAUACACUAAAAACGCGCCUCGUCCACAAGACUCACCAGUGUCGUCCAGAUAUAAAAGAUCGAAAGGGCAAAAAAGUACAAAGAUGUAUCUAAAGAGUAAUCUUCCCAUGAAUAAAGCAAGAGCAAUACAAAUUCACGGUCAGUAACAUUGUAACAGUUAAUAAUGUGAGUCUGUGUGUUGAAAUUUCAAUCCUCUAAUCUCAAAUGUAUGUUGUUGUUACAAAUGCAUUCUUAUCUUUUUGCAAAGCAAUUGGUGUCUACGUUUUCUCAGCUCUGCAUAAUCAAUUAAAGCAGUCGGUCUUUCAAUUGAGCAUGUGGAAUAGAGAUUGAAGAUUUUAGAAUAAAUAUUUCAGCUACAAUGAGAUAGAAUGAACACUACUUGUACAUCUUUAACGACAGUGAAAAUUCUUUUUCUGAUCUUCUUCAUUAAAAUAUGUACAGGAGAAACCACUGCCUCUUCAAUGCCUGCUAGGACAACAGGCCUGCUGUGUACCACUCUUCAGUUUCAAUGUGUCGACGACGGAUCAUGUAUAGAUAUAGCAUUUAGAUGCGACAACAGUUUAGAGUGCCGUGACUUUUCUGAUGAGGUCAAUUGUUCUGUAAUUAUAUCUUGCCCGGAGAGGUUACAUCCGUGUUCUAAUGGACAAUGUGUGGGACAUGGAGCAAGAUGUAAUGGACUUACAGAGUGUUCAGAUGGCUCUGAUGAGAGAUCUUGUGUUGAAGAUACUACGGAAUCAGACACUACUUCAACCUCAAUUGGGACAACACAAUCUUCAGAACGAACAGUAUUUUCAGUCACUUCGGUGUCCUUCUCAACUGCGGAAACAACAGAGGCGUCACAAAUAACAGAGACACACUCAUUGUCUUUACUAACGGAAACAACAUUAUCGUCAUUACAAGUAGAAACUACAACGCACAAAGAAGUGGAUCGUCCCGAGGAGAAAGAGGACCAAGAAUCUGAAGUGAACUUUACUUUUUUAACCUUUGGUUUGAUUGUUUCUGCUUUUGUUGUUACUCUGGUCGUUUCAAAUGUAUGCAACUGCUUAAUACAGAUGCGAAUAAGAAGAAGCAAGAAAAAUACUGAGCCACAAAUAGAUGUUACAUCCAGAGAACCAGAGACCAACAGAGAAGGGCUGUAUGAAGUAAUAGAAGUAGAAACUGAAAUGAGUUUAGAAAAUAUCACUUCCGCAUCAAAUGUAAGAACGAGCUUACCCACAUCAUCAAAUAUUAACAUGAGCUGCUUAGCUGAAACUGUACAAGUUAUUACCGACACAAAAAACAGUUCUGGUAGUUUUCAUAAUUCCCCAAUAAGCGACGCGAGUGAAAAGAGCAACAGUUAUGUAUCAAAUGAAACACAGUAUUCAAAUCUAUACACUGUUCUCCAUCAAAACGAAAACACCAAACAUGAACAUGCAUACAAUGAUAUAAGAUCAAGUGUUACUUCAGUAAAACCAGAUUUAGAUGUUGAAGCAGAAUACCAGUGAAUAAACCGAAAAUAAAUAAUUUGAUAUGCGAA